AUGAGUGACGCACCACCACCAGCCUCUAACUCUGGCGCCGCCCCUCAGCAGGAGGCGCCAUCCAAGAAUGCGCUGAAGAAGGCACAGAAGGAGAAAGAGAAGGCCGAGAAGAAGGCUGCUGCCCAAGCUCGCGAGCUCGCCGAGCGUUCCAAGAAGGCGGCCGAAGACGCUGCCGACGUAUCUGCUGGUGCAUACGGCGAAUUGCCCCUCUGUGGAUCCAAAGAUUUCAAGCCCACAGACAUUGCGCGCGUCAAUCUCGCCGAUGCCGCGAGCAACGAAGACAAGGAAGUCACAUUCAGAUGCUGGGUGGAGAAUGCUCGUGUUCAGUCGGCCAAGCUUGCUUUCCUCAACCUGCGCCAGAAUCUCAACACUGUGCAGGCAGUCGUUGCUGCUAGCGAUAAGCUGAGCAAGCAGAUGGUCAAGUUUUGCGGGAACAUCAGUACCGAGAGCACCCUCGUGGUAACCGGUUUGGUGAAGCGCGUCAAGGAGCCGAUCAAGAGUGCUACCAUCAAGGACUUCGAGAUUCAUGUACAGAAGCUCUUCAUCGAGAGCAAGGCCGAGGUACCCCUACCAUUGCAGGUUGAGGAUGCUGAGCGUCCACUACCCAGUGAUGCGGUCGUCGAGGAUGCAGAUAAACUGCAGGAAGGCGAGGAGCGACCGCUUGUCAGUCUAAACACAAGGCUCAAUAAUAGGACGAUCGAUCUCAGAGCGAAGAUCAACCAGUCCAUUUUCGUGAUCAAAAGUGGUGUCUGCGCGCUGUUUCAGGAGUUCUUGUCGAAGAAGGGUUUCGUCCUAGUUCACACUCCUAAGAUUCUUGGUGCCGCAUCUGAGGGUGGAGCCAACGUCUUCGAGCUCAAGUACUUCGACCGCCCUGCCUACCUCGCCCAAUCGCCCCAGUUUUACAAACAGAUGUUGAUUGCAUCCCGCUUCCAAAAGGUCAUGGAAAUCGGCCCCGUCUUCCGCGCUGAGAACUCGAACACAGCACGUCACUUGACUGAGUUCACUGGCCUUGAUUUGGAGAUGGAGUUUCAAGAGAACUACCACGAGGUCAUGGGCGUGCUUGAGGACCUCAUGCUGUUCAUAUUUGGCGAGUUGAACGCGCGAUACCGCAAGGAGACUGAGCUGGUCCGAAGCGUCUACCACGUCGAUGAAUUCAAGCUACCGGAAUCCGGCAAGGUGCCCAGGAUCCCCUUUCAAGAGGGUAUUAAGAUGCUGCGAGAAGCUGGCGAAGAACUCGGUGACUAUGAUGACCUGACCACACCCCAAGAGAAGAAACUUGGCAAACUCGUCCUCGAAAAGUACAACUCGGACUUCUAUACACUUGACCAAUUCCCCCUCGCUAUUCGUCCUGCCUAUACCAUGCCCUCGCCUGCCGACCCGUCCCUCUCCAACUCGUAUGACAUGUUCAUGCGCGGCCAGGAAAUCUGCUCAGGCGCCCAGCGUAUCCACGACUCCAGCCUCCUCGCUGAGAUGAUGCGCAAGCACGACCCGCCAAUUGACCCCGCAGGUGCCGGGACAAAGGACUAUGUGGAUUGUUUCAAGUAUGGAUGCCCGCCGCAUGCGGGUGGUGGGUUUGGGUUGGAGCGGAUUGUGCAGUUUUGGUUGGGCCUGCCGAAUAUCAGAAUGUGUAGUUUGUUCCCUAGGGAUCCUUCGAGAGUGGCGCCGUAG